UAAGGUAAUGAUGCCACCCUAGCACUAAAAAAAAUGACUCAGAAGCAGUGUAGAGCUAAAAUAAUUUAAUAAUAAUAAUAAUAAUAAAUCUUAGCGUAUCGCUAAAAAAAAAGUUUAAAAUGGGCUUAUUUGGCAAAACCCCUAGCAAGGAUCCCAAGGAGCAGGUGCAAGAGUGGACGCACAAAUUACGAAAAGAAGGCAAUCAACUUGAUAGACAAAUACGAAGCAUACAGCGUGAGGAGGAUAAGGUGAAACGCUCUCUCAAGCAGGCUGCCCAAAAGAAUGACCGGGAUACUUGUAUUAUUCUCGCCAAGGAGAUUGUAAACGCGCGCAAGGCAAUAAACCGUAUUUACACCUCAAAGGCGCAUCUGAGUUCGAUACAGAUGCAAAUGAAAAAUCAAUUGUCUACGUUGCGGGUGGCGGGUUCUUUACAGAAAUCCACGGAAGUCAUGCAGGCCAUGCAGAGUCUAGUUCGAUAUCCGGAGUUGGCAGGCAUUAUGCGUGAUAUGUCAAAGGAAAUGAUGAAGGCGGGUAUUAUUGAGGAGAUGCUGGAUGAGACUAUGGAUUCGCUGGAAGAGUCCGAGGAGUUGGAGGAGCAGGCAGCCAAGGAGGUUGACAAAGUACUCUGGGAAAUUACAGAUGGCAAACUGGGAGAGGCUCCAUUACCACCAGAAGCAACGCCAGCUGACAGAGCCCCAGCAGCAGCAGCAACCGCAUCGGCAUCAAGAGUUCCCGUCGAGGUCGAGGAUGACGAUGACGAGGGCGAUGAGCUGCAGGAGAUGCAAAGUCGUCUCGCUUCGUUGCGUUCGUAAAUAAGUUGCUGUAAGAGUCUAAUAUACACAUACAUAUAUAGUAUAUAUUAUAUACUUAUGCUUGGAUUCGAAUUCUUAAAAUUAGCUUGUGAUUGUUUAUCAUAACAUCUUGCACGCCACAAAAAUCCAAAACACAUUACGUAUCCCCGACAGUGAAUUGUAAACACCAAAAUAAGAGUCAUGAAAUCUGAUUUGUUUUUUGUAAGUUUAAAUUAUAUACAAUGCUUUGGCUCAUAUUAUGUUAAGCUUCAGUUGUUUUAACAUUAAAUUUUAAUAUUUUACAUAUUAUUUAUUGCCUAAGCUAACGUGUAUUUGAUUUACAAGCAUUUUAGUGUAUUGAAAAUUUAUAGCAUAAAUUUAGGCUGUACCCAAAAAUACACUGCAAUUAAUGAAGACGAAGAAGACCUAAAAUUUGGGCUAUAAAUAAAAGGCGUCAUUUUGAAGGGAA